CCGGAUUGCAGCGCAGACAGUCGCUGAGCACUCGAGGUGGUUGUCAUGGUGGCAGACAAGGCGGCGCUCCUGGCGCAACUGGCGCGUGCCCAGAUGGCCGCGCUGGAGGAGCACGUGCAGAUCUACCACGAGUGCGUGAGCGGUACGAUUGCGCUCACGGGCGCCCACCCGCUGACGGACCAGGAUGCCGUUGCGCUCGACGACGACCUCCGCAUCGUGCGGAAAAAGGCGUUUUACAGCAACACGCCCAGCACCCUGCCGUCGGCGUUUGUCCAGGACCUCUUUGCGACGGCGUGCAAUGAGAAGGGCGUCGUGGCGUCACCCAAGAAGAUGCAAGCUGCCCUUGCAGCGCUCAAGAGCAAGUCGCCCGACCUCAGUACCACAGAGCGCACGCAAGCCGCGAUGGUCAUUUACAGCUCGCUCGAGUACUGGCGCGUCAAGGCCGAGGCCGCGCCCAAGUAUGAGGAGCGCUUCACGGCGAUUUGCGAUGCCCACGACCCGUACAUCAACAUGUUUAUGGAGUGGAUUGUCGACGGGAGCGACGAGCGCAAGCAAGGCAGCGUCUACGAGCAAGAGCUCGCGAUGGUGCUCGUAAAGAUGAUCUCCGACUACAUGCCGUCCGACAAGCGCCAGAAGAAGAAAACCUUGCGACGGCUGCGAGAUUUCAAAGACAUUCCCAACCUCAAGACACAGCUGCGCGAGGUCAAGCAGACAAUACACGAGCUCGAAGACCCAACGAUGCAAGUCGACGAGAUCUUACAGUAUGUGCGCAUCCGCCGCAUCACGACGGUACAUGGCGAAGAGCGGUAUCGCUGCAAGUACGUCAACGGCGAAGUGUUUUGUGCAAUGCGCUCCGAGCUCGAGUGUGCCAAGUUCAUUCGCGCCAAGUGCAUUGAAGACCACGUCAACUGGCGGGACGUACUCGUACUCAACAAGUCCUAACGUUCGUCGUCCUCGCCUGUUUGUUAACUUCACACCACGCUCGUUGGUCGCAAGCCGACGACUUGUCGAUA